GACAUGACCAACCAAUUUGUGUGCUCCACCACCAACCAUUGGUGUCAAAUUGGUGGGUUUGUGGCUUGUUUUAAAUACUCCGUAUUUUUGUUUCGUUCACCUGGGGUAAAUCUGACAAAAUGCAGAAAAGAGAACAAGGGAAGCAAAGCUCAGGAUCGGGGGGCAUCGCCCCUACGCCGGCGAAGAGAGGACGCCCAGUCGGCAGUGGAAGCAACCAAACUGCCGCCGCUGCUGCCUCCGCCGCCGUCGCCGCCAUUGCUGCCGCAUCUACCACUGAUUUCUCUGCACCUUCAACCCUCGUUCCAUCCGUACAUGUACAUUCCGCUUUAGCUGAGCUGAAUUACAAAAGGAUUGUUCUUGCCCUUCAAAGUGGAUUAAAGAGUGAGUUGACAUGGGCAUUCAAUACACUCACAUUGCUUUCGUUCAAGGAAAAAGAUGAAAUUCGUAGAGAUGCUAUCCCUCUUUCUAAAAUUCCUGGAUUGCUUGAUGCUUUACUUCAAAUCAUAGAUGAGUGGCGUGAUAUAGCCUUACCAAGGGUGCUUGUGAAAGCACCUAGGGUGAGACUCUUGGGUACAAAUUCUUUUUUCACUGGAUUCGGAAAUGAAUAUGACGAAGUGGGGUCAAAUGGUUCAAUUCCCCAUCCUAGCUCUGGAACUGGAUCUUCCAUCAAAGAGACCUCUGUUCAAAAGACUGCUGCAAUAACGUGUCAUGCUGGUUGGUGGUUUGAAGAAGAUGGCCUAUUUAGCUUGGAUGAGGAAGGGAGAACUGAAAAGCAACAAUGUGCUGUUGUUGCCUCUAAUAUUAUACGAAAUUUUUCUUUCAUAGCAGAUAACGAAGCUAUCAUGGCUAACCAUCGACAUUGUGUUGAAACCCUUUUUCAGUGUCUUGAGGAUUAUGUUGUAGAGGAUGAGGAGCUUGUUACAAAUGUGCUUGAAACUAUUGUUAAUCUGUGCCAUUCGCUAGAUCUUCGAAUAUUUAGUUCAUCAAAACCUUCUGUCCUUAACAUGAGGGAGAAACGUGCUGUCGAGGCUAUCAUGGGCCUGCUGAGAUCAUCUGUCAGAGCCUGGCAUUGUGGAGCUGCUGAACUGAUUGGUCGUCUAAUUUUAAAUCCUGAUAAUGAACCAUUCAUUCUUCCCUUUGCUUUACAGAUUUAUAAAAGAUUAAUCGAUAUGAUGAGUCUGCCUACAAACGAUGCUCAGGCUGCUGCCGUGGGCGCAUUGUACAAUCUUGUAGAAGUAAACAUGGACUGCCGACUGAAGCUUGCAAGUGAAAGAUGGGCAAUUGAUCGGUUGUUGAAAGUAAUCAAGUCGCCGCAUCCAGUAUCAGAAGUUUGCAGGAAGGCAGCCUCUAUUUUGGAGAGCCUAGUGGCAGAGCCACAGAACAAGCCCCUUCUGCUCGUCUUUGAAACUGCUUUCACUGAGAUUCUCUUUGCCGACGGAAAGCAUUCUGAUAUAUUUGCAAGGAUUUUGUGUGAACUAACGUCUCGGCCUGGCAAAUCCACCCUAGCUCGAGGUAUUUGGGGCAUGUAACUAAUCUCUUCUCUCACUUGCUAACGCCUUACCAAAUCCUUGUCAGUUAGACUUUGUUAUGCUCCGUCCAGCAUAUAUAUAUAAUACAUCAGUGGGGUUCUAGUGACACUGGAGUACGAUAAUACAUUUGUUACGCAAGAUUAAUCUUAGUAUAAAUCGUAAAAAUGAAAACGGAGUAAUUUG